AUGUCCACAGACGACAUCAACUCAGCCCUAAGCAAGGUCACUCCCCAAAAGGUUGCAUUCCUCGUCGAGGCCUGGCUCGUCCACCAAGCGAUCCCCGACAUCUCAACCAUCAAGUUCAUCGCUGCCAUCAUAGACCUCGACUUUGAAAUCGUCCGCUACUGGUUCUACUGUCGCUCCAAUCGCGAUGGAAUCAAGCGCGCGUUCGCCCGGAGUGCCGCAGGAGGGUCCGACGCUGGGAUUGUAUUGCCGUUGCUCGAGGAGUACCACCUCUUGGACAGGUUUUCGGACGACAUUGGUUGGGACUAUCAGGGCUUUGAUCGUGAGUCUCAGGAACAAGGGCAGGAACCACCCUCUAGCACAUCUGCAACAGCACCGCAACAGACACGACGCCAAAAAUCGUCGCCAUCACAACAACAGCAACAGAAAAGGUCGUCUGUCGCAGCACCGCCUUCUGACCUGAUCAAGACAAGGAAUUUCGACCAUCUCAAGCAACCAACGAGUGGCGCUGAAACCCAGCGGAGAAAGACGACGCGGAAGCAACACAGACGCAUGGAAGAUUCUGGCGAGGAUGAGGAUGAUGGCGAGGAGCAGGAAAGCGAUUCUGACGAGUUUGAUACACUUGGCACCCGCUCACGAGGCAAUGUUCGGGCUUCCGGAGGUUCUUUAGUAACCUCUCGUCUGCUCAAGGUAUUCGUGCAAGGACCUAACGACAAAGCUAUCAAGAAACGAGGCCGACCUCUAGGUAGUUUCAACAAGAAGCGCAAGCUGCAGCCAACAUCGACCAUGAACCAGCCACUUCUGGCACCUACAGCACUGACAGAACUGCAACAACUGUCAACAGCACCAGUGCCUACAUUCGAUCGUUCACAACCGACAGACCCUCCCCAAACAAACAUCGACGGACGAUAUUUGACGCCGAUCAUCUUGCUCCCAGCACCACGCUCAUUGACAGUGCCGUCAACAGAAUCAACGACAAAUUCGCCCAGCGUACCGAUACCAGGUCUUGUAGGGGAUCCUAUGGCGGGGGCGGAGAGCAGGAAAAAGUUCUUGGAGCAACAGCAGAGCGUGGAAGCACAACAGCGACGAGAACGGAAUCGCGCACGAUCAGCAGCUCCUUCCAGGACUCGAAGUUCAAAAGGAUCGAACGUUGCAUCAUCGCGAGCGAAAUCCGGGCCUAAUAAUCGGAAGAUUGUUCAUUUGAGCGAAGAUGAUGACGGCGAUCAAGACGACGAUGAGGAGGAGGAUGCGAAGGACAAAGACGACUGCGGCUCCAAGGCUCACGACCUCCCUUCAUCUUUGAGGAACGCUGGUGACGCCAGGAGGGUAGAAACAACCAAGGGUCCAGCCCUGGGGAACCCACCGCCUUUUUUUAAGGAGUAUGGCGGGCUCGUUGCGAAACGACGUGAAAAACAGCCAGUGCAGGAGCAGCCGUCCGAGUCUACCACCAACAUUCUGGAGAUAGUCCUACCAGCAGCACCAGGAGCAGCCCUGCAACAAGUUCGGUCACCAGCAGCAAUACCGAUGGCGCCUAUCGAGCAGACCGCGCAACACCCUCUGCCUGCAAAUCCAACAACGCCGACCUUGCCCUCACAAGCGCACUUUGGUGAACCGAAUCUGCAGCACCACCCACAUAACCACUCGCCACCCUACCUUGGCCAAACCCCAGGGGCGACGUGCGAUGGUCGCGGGUCAUUCACGGCUUACGCAGGCAUAUCUGCUGAUUAUGGUGACCAGCAGGCACUUGAACUGGAGAGAGUCGCCAGUCGACAGCGGGACAUGGAUCGCAGGAAGGAGGAAGCCGGGCGUCACCGAGGGUAUGACAAUGGCCAGUUGAGCAAGGAACACAGGAGCAUAGAUGGGUACAGUACAGACAGGGGUCGUUCAGAGGAUGAAAAGAACAGGGGCUGGUCUCGAGACAGAUGGCGUCGAUCGGAUUCCCAAGGGUCAUCACAUAGACGGGAUCAACCUGCGCCUGAGUCUCGAGGACGGUCACUCAGGCCGCGCCCACUCAUCCUUCGUCGGCAGGUCUACCACGCAACCACCAUUGAGUCCAAGAGCUCUCCUCCCAGGGAUGACGGCCUUCAAAGCACCAACAACCAUGCGGAUGAAAUUCUGUCGCCCCAACUGCAUAAGCAGCAUCGAUACUCACGCGAUGGUAGCCACUCGCCGUACUCUCCAAAGGCUAUUGAUCCAGCACUCUUCACAACAGCCCACUCGCCGUACUCUCCAAAAGCCAUUGAUCCAGCGCUCUUCACAACAACAUCCCUUCCACCCCAAAUGUCACUUCCACAUGUGGCCACUUCUCCUCGCCAACCCCAAUAUGCCCAGCCGGGAGGUCACUAUCCGCUCGGCGAUCGUAGACGCUCUUCCAGAAACGUUGAUCCUGGAGCCCACUGGGAUACGCAUCAUGAGCAUCAACGUGCCUCACAAGGUGUCAACCCGGUUCCGACCGCACCAGCAUCGUUCUUUUCCAGCGGUGAUCGCAACGGCAACUCUUCCUCCAACAACGAAGACUUUACGGAUGUUCAUAAACAACCACAUCAGCUCUCUCUAACUGAGUUCUACAGUCCUCGGCCUAUCAAUCUGGAGCCUCAUACUUCCCACCUGCCACCACAACCGCCACCCUUUUCACCACCCCGACUUUUGGAUCGGCCUCCAAUUUUUUCGGCCAUCGUCAUUCCACUUCCGAAUUUCAGUUCUCGCGAGAAGCACCAAAACGACGUUUCACAGCGUGAUGAUUCAUGGACAGCAAGACCGAAAGAUCUUAGCCGAACUUUGAGUCGUCGCAGCGUUAGACGCUCUCGAGGCGACGAUGAUGGAGGUGAAAACAAGUCUGGCCACCCAUUAGCGCCCAGCAAACGUAGCAAGAGUCGACACAGCAACAGCAGACGCCGCUCAACAGAGGAAUAUCAGGGCUCGAACGGUGAUCUUGGACACCGCGACCGAGGGCACCGCGACGGUGAAUUUGGUCGCCAACCACACCACCGACAUCAUGACAACCACAGUCACCACCGAGGCGACCAUGACGGACGAAGAUCGAAUGGUCAGCGCCAACAGUUGCAUCAGAGGACUGGCGGCCACGACCGUUAUCGUGGAUUCGAAUUUGAGGAGUACGAAGUGGAUAAGUUCCACCGCUUGAAGGACAACAACCGACGAACCAGGGACAAGUCUUUGCGAGCACGGAGCUCGAGGCGUCCAUCGUCGCCAGGCGCGAGUCAGCAAAGUUACGAUCAAGGACAGGAACAGAGUCGUCGACGACCGGAUGUUUCACGGGACCAACGAGGCCGCAGACGUUCCUCUGCGCGUGGGUCGAGUGUGAGGGAUAAUAUGCAUAGUGAACCCGAGGUCGAGCAUACGAUGAGCGAGUGGGAGAAAAGACGCGAGCUGGAGCGUGGCGAGUAG